ACCCGGAAGUGGAGGAGGAGGCGCGGCGGCGGUGGCCGAACGGGCAGCCGCUGACGGAGCCCAACUGGGGAGCGUGUCUGGGUUGGGGGCGGGGGGCGGGGCUGAGCGGCCUGGGCAGCCAGGCCCGGACGGGGCGGGGGAGGCCAUGGCCUCCGCAGAGUUGCAGGGGAAGUACCAGAAGCUGGCUCAGGAGUACUCGAAGCUUCGGGCUCAAAAUCAGGUCCUGAAAAAAGGUGUUGUGGAUGAACAAGCGAAUUCUGCUGCUUUAAAGGAACAACUGAAAAUGAAGGAUCAGUCAUUGAGAAAACUGCAGCAAGAAAUGGACAGUUUGACAUUUCGAAAUCUGCAGCUUGCCAAGAGGGUAGAACUACUUCAAGAUGAAUUGGCUGUAAGUGAACCCCGAGGCAAGAAAAACAAGAAAAGUGGAGAAUCUUCUUCUCAGUUGAGUCAAGAGCAGAAGAGUGUCUUUGAUGAAGAUCUACAAAAGAAGAUAGAAGAGAAUGAACGGUUACAUAUACAAUUUUUUGAAGCUGAUGAGCAGCACAAGCAUGUGGAAGCAGAGCUGAGGAGUCGACUGGCCACCCUGGAGAUGGAGGCGGCCCAGCACCAAGCCGUGGUUGAUGGCCUGACGCGGAAGUACAUGGAAACGAUCGAGAAACUGCAGAAUGACAAGGCCAAACUAGAAGUAAAAUCUCAGACUCUAGAAAAGGAGGCCAAGGAAUGUCGGCUUCGAACAGAAGAAUGUCAAUUACAGUUAAAGAACCUUCAUGAAGAUUUGUCAGGUAGAUUAGAGGAGUCCUUAUCAAUCAUCAGUGAAAAAGUACCUUUUAAUGAUACAAAAUAUAGUCAGUAUAACGCUCUGAACGUUCCACUCCACAAUAGGAGACAUCAGCUGAAGAUGCGGGACAUUGCUGGGCAGGCCCUGGCUUUUGUUCAAGAUCUUGUGACGGCUCUACUGAACUUUCACACCUAUACAGAACAGAGGAUUCAGAUUUUUCCUAUUGAUUCUGCCAUUGACACUAUAUCUCCAUUGAAUCAGAAGUUCUCACAGUACCUUCAUGAAAAUGCGUCCUACGUCCGCCCUCUUGAGGAAGGAAUGCUUCAUUUAUUUGAAAGUAUUACUGAGGAUACUGUGACUGUCCUGGAGACUACUGUGAAAUUGAAAACUUUUUCAGAGCACUUAACCUCUUACAUAUGUUUUCUUAGGAAGAUUCUUCCUUAUCAGUUAAAAAGUUUAGAAGAAGAAUGUGAAUCUUCUCUUUGCACAUCUGCGUUGAGAGCCAGGAAUCUAGAACUGUCUCAGGACAUGAGAAAAAUGACAGCUGUGUUUGAGAAGCUGCAGACUUACGUCGGUCUUCUCGCCUUGCCAAGUACAGAGCCAGAUGGACUCCUUCGGACGAACUAUAGUUCUGUCUUAACAAAUGUUGGUGCUGCUCUGCAUGGAUUUCAUGAUGUCAUGAAAGAUAUUUCUAAACAUUACAAUCAGAAAGCUACAAUAGAGCAUGAACUUCCAACAGCAACACAGAAGCUCAUUACAACUAAUGACUGUAUCCUGUCCUCAGUAGUAGCAUUAACAAAUGGAGCAGGAAAGAUUGCAUCUUUCUUCAGCAACAAUGUGGACUACUUCAUUGCUUCUCUGAGCUACGGGCCUAAGGCAGCGAGUGGCUUCAUUAGUCCUCUUUCAGCUGAGUGCAUGCUGCAAUACAAGAAAAAAGCUGCCGCCUAUAUGAAGGCUCUGAGAAAGCCCCUCUUGGAGUCUGUGCCUUACGAAGAAGCUCUGGCAAACCGCCGGGUCCUUCUCAGCUCUACUGAAAGUCGAGAAGGCCUUGCACAACAGGUUCAGCAGAGUCUGGAAAAGAUUUCUAAACUGGAGCAGGAAAAAGAGCAUUGGAUGUUGGAAGCACAGUUAGCCAAAAUCAAGCUGGAGAAAGAAAACCAGCGAAUUGCAGAUAAGCUGAAGAGUACAAGCAUCGGGCAGGGGGUCGGGCCAGCCCAGGAAAAUCCCACUGGGGUGAAUGCAGGGGGCCAGGAAGAAGCCUCAACUAAGGCUGUGCUGGAGCCUAUUCACAGCACCAGUCUGAUUGGGAUUUUAACCAGGACAUCUGACAAUGAGGUUCCAGAUGUGGAGUCUCGUGAAGACUUAAUUAAAAAUCACUACAUGGCAAGGAUAGUGGAGCUGACAUCUCAACUGCAGCUGGCUGACAGCAAGUCAGUGCAUUUUUACGCCGAGUGCCGAGCACUCUCUAAGAGACUGGCCUUGGCCGAAAAGUCUAAAGAGGCACUGACGGAAGAGAUGAAAGUAGCUGGUCAGAACAUCAGCAGACUUCAGGAUGAGCUGACAACUACCAAGAGGAGUUAUGAGGAUCAGUUAAGUAUGAUGAGUGACCACCUGUGCAGCAUGAACGAGACAUUAUCUAAACAGAGAGAAGAGAUUGACACACUGAAGAUGUCCAGUAAGGGAAAUUCUAAAAAGAACAAGAGCCGAUAGUUUACACAUAGAUGGUUGGCGACUUCCUUCCAAAGCUGCUACUUUUGCGUGGAGCUGCAGGACCCAGACCGCUUGUCCAGUGUCCAGUGCCCAGUGCUGGCCGCCUUCAGGCAGCUGGGCUGCUUUUGGACCUAGUAAACUAGUCAGUGUUGUAAAUGGCCUUGAAACAUUUAAAGUAUAUUUGUAACCAGUAAUGCAAAUACAGAAUUUGAUGUUGACAGUACAAUGGACAACAAUACAUGUAUCAUGGAUAUCGUAGGUUUCCUUAUGCUGUUUUUACUGUGCACUUUUUAAAAUUAGGUUUUAAUUUCAGUAUGUAAGAACAACAAAUAUUUUGUAUAUUUUCAAACUCAAUUAUAUGGUAAUCGAUUUGGUAUCUAUGGAAUAGAUCUAUGUUUCUGGAUAAAAUGCUUAAAUUGUCAAACUGUCAUUCCUUCUUGCUAUAAUUGAAAGCAGUCUCCAGAUUCUUUUUGAAGACUUAUUCGUAUUUUCUCUCUCUCUCUCUCUCUCUCUGAGAGGGAGUGGGUCUUGCAAACUUCAGAUCUUGUGGGUUUAUUAUCAUUGUCUUAUUAUCACAGCUCUUCAGUACCUUCUCUGUGUUGGAAUAAUAGCUUAAGGAAAUUGAUGUCAAUAAAUUCGUACUUAUGUCAAA